CGGCGCUGCUGAGGUCAAAGUGCUGGACGCUUAAUAGCGUCAAAAUCUUGCAGGAAGAUGAAAAGCCGAAGUUCUUCGUUGUCAGAAGCCCUGGAGGAAGAAGAAUAUUCACCUGUAGGAGGAGGGUAUGAUGAGGAGGUGAAGGUGGUGAUUAAAAGUUAAGCAGGAGCAGAAGAAGAAGAAGAAGAUGGAGAAGACGAAGAAGAUGGAGAAGAUGAAGAAGAUGGAGACGGUGGAGACAGUCAGCAGCUUUCAGAUCCAGAUUCAGGAUGAGGGGUCUGAUCAUAACGUCCACGCGUCACUGACACCACCGCACGAGGCUCCAGCAAAGAGGAAGCGCCACCGUCGACGCUCCGAACCCCGUCACCACUGCCCCCAGUGCGAGCGGGUGUUCUCCUGUCCGUCACGGCUGGCUGACCACAUGUCCGUGCAUGGGGCUGAAAAACGCCACGUGUGUCCUGUGUGUGGGAAACGUUUCACCAAGAGGGUAAAUAUGGUGGUGCACCAGCGCGUCCACACCGGGGAGAAGCCGUACUCCUGCCCGGACUGCGGCGUCAGAUUUGCUCAGCAGGGAUGCUUGAGGCGCCAUCGCCUCACCCAUGGCACAGAGAAGCCCCACCGCUGUGGUGUCUGUGGGCGGGGCUUCUUCCAGCGCCGUUACCUGGUGCAGCACGAGCGCAGGCACACGGGCGAGCGACCGUUCUCCUGCAUGAUCUGCCCCAAACGCUUCGCCUCCAGAUCGGGCCUCAGUGACCACCAACACACCCACCAGGAGACCAAACCGCUGUCGUGUGCACUCUGUGACAAGGUCUUCUCCACGCCCUCGUCCUUCAGGGACCAUGUCAGGAUCCACACCGGAAUCAAACCACACCCCUGCACUCUGUGUGGCAAAAGCUUCAACCGUCCAGGGUUGCUGAAGAAACACCUGGAGAAGCACCAGCAGGAGGAGGAGGAGGGGAACAAUGAGGAGGCAGCCAGGAGGGGUGAAACUCCGUACUGCUGCCUCCUGUGUCAUCAACACUUCCCCAGUGCUGAGAAGCUGCAGCAGCACGAGCAGCUCCACCAGAGGGUGCUGCGGCGCACCUGCCACAUCUGCGGCCGUCUUUUCAGUAGAGCCACUCACUUGAGAGUCCACCUCAGGUCCCACACCGGGGAGAGACCGUACCAGUGCGACAUCUGCAAGAACCGCUUCACCACACGGAAGGUUCUGAAGAAGCACCAGGAGGUCCACACCCGAGAGGGCCCGGCCAGAGCCAACGGCAAAAAAUCCCCGGCGUCGGCAGAGGAGGAUCAGCUACCACCUCACUGUUCGGUGUGUGACAAGACGUUCAGCACUACAGUCAAACUCAGAGCACACCAGAAGUACCACAACAAACGUCACUGCUGCAGCAUCUGCUCCAGGACCUUCCUGAAACCCUGUCAGCUCCGACAGCACAUGAGCACCCACGUCAGGGAUGGGCUCAUCGCUCCCCCUGCUGACCAGGAAUUCUGGUUCAACAUUCAGACAGUAAAGGUGGAUGAUGUGAAGGUGGAGGGGGAGAGCGGUAGAAAUGAACAGGACAGAGGAGAUUCAUCCAGAGAAACCAAAAGUGUUGACCAGGACCAGUCAGUACCAAAGAAGAAGAUCAAGGUGGAAAGAGAUGAAGGAGAAGCUGGAGGUCUGAUCAACUCAGACGGAGAAGAAGAAGAGUGGAAACAAACAACCACUGGACCAGCUGUGGUCGUGCAGACGACGACGACGCCGGCGGCAGGCGGCGUCAGUGGCGCUAAGAAGAGGUUCUGCUGCCCUGUCUGUGGCCGCGACUGCUUCAAGGACUCUGCCCUGAAGAACCACCUGAGGAUCCACUCAGGAGAACGACCGUUCCAGUGCAGCACCUGUGGGAAGAGCUUCACGCAGCACGUUCACCUGAGGGAGCACAUGAGAAUCCACACGGGCGAGAAGCCGUUCACGUGCGGCGACUGCGGCCGCAGCUUCACCUUCUCUAGCGCACUGCGUCGUCACAAGCGCGUGCACACGGGCGUGCGGCCGUACCAGUGCACAAUCUGCCAGAAGACCUUUAAACAGCAGAGCGUCCUCAAGAAACACGAGUCCACGCACUCUGCAGUUCGCUUCCAGUGUCCGCUCUGCAGCAAGAGCUUUAGGACCGCCCAUGAACUCACCUACCACGCCCACCAGCAUGACGCCAAGCGCUACUACUGCGAGAUCUGCAAAAAGAACCUGAGCGGCGCCAGACAGUUCCGUGACCACAUGAAGGACCACGAGAUCACCAGCAUGCUUCUACUGGGAGGAGCAAAGGACAUGUCAGCCACGUCGGAUGCCACCUAGUGGCUGUAAAGCAUUCCAGUUCUGGGAAAAUUCAUAAACCUUUGGGAGCAAAAUCGCAGAGCGACUUAUUAAAGUCACCCUGAGGAGUUUUCAGGAACGCAGCUGUCAACAUCCUUCAGAGAAUUCUUCAAAAACUAAAAUCAAACCACGUGGGGGCAGUGUCUCAGAACACCGCCCCCUGCUGGCAGCACACAGACAGUGGUCUUCCAAAAGAGAGUUGAUGAUGCUUGUUACCAAAGUGAGCCUGCAGAUGUCGCUGCAAAGAUGGCGAGAGGUUUGAAAGGGUUAUUCACCCUGUUGGUGGCGCUGAAGAGGCAAAGAGAGAUUUAUUUACCUGUAUUCCCUGGAAUUCUGUCCAACUUUGAUCUCAUUGACUGUGAAACGUGACUCCUGUAGUAACGCCAUGUUACCUGUGAGGGUGCUAAUGAGCCUUGUUAGCUCAGGAUCCUGACUGGAAUAAAUGAUGAAGCAGAAACGUUCUUCUGAUUGACCUCGUCUCUGCUCAACCAUGGAAGUCUUUAAAAAAAUAAAUGUUCGGCCAGUCGAUAUGCUGACGAGGUGUGAGCUGUGUAAAAAAAA